AUGUCGACCACCAUUCCAAAUGCUCCACCAGAUGAAAGGUCUGAUGAUGAGUUGGCAGACAUGGAGUUUGGAAAAUUAACGUCUAAAGAAUAUUUAUACGUUUCUAAGCAUCCAGUUGGAGAGCCUUUACCUACUCCUAUCGAUGACGAACCUCCGUAUGUGAUCUUUCUUGCCACUUACAUCAGUUACGGUAUAUUAAUUAUUAUUGGACAUGUCCGUGAUUUCUUUGGAAAGAUUUUCAAGCCUCAAGAUUAUGAAGACUUGGUUGAACAUGACGGGUACGCUCCUUGGUAUGAUGGAUUUGAGAGCUUUUAUGUGCGUCGGUUGAAGACCAGAAUUGAUGACUGCUUUGCAAGACCAAUUCAUGGUGCUCCUGGUCGUCAUGUAAAGUGUUUUGAGAGAACAAGAUUCGGAAGGACAGGUUACAAGUACUCUGGAAAAAUGAGAGACUGCCUUAAUUUGCUGUCAUAUAAUUACUUGGGAUUUGGCCAGUCUCACGGUGUCUGUACGGAUAUAUCCAAAAAGACGGUAGACGAUUAUGGAACUUCGGGUUGCUCUGCAAGAAAUAUUUGCGGAACCAGUGAUUUGCACAAGGAGUGUGAAAAGAUUGUAGCUGAUUUCGUUGGCAAGGAAGAUGCUAUCGUGGUAAGUCAAGGUUAUGGAACUAAUGCUAACUUUUUCGCCUCUUUGGUUGAUUCCAAAUGUUUGGUAAUCAGUGAUGAAUUAAAUCAUGCCUCGAUUCGUUUCGGAAUUAGAAUUUCAGGUGCUUCAGUCAAAGUGUUCCGACACAAUGAUAUAGCGAACUUGGAAAAGUUGUUGCGGGAGCAAAUAGCUCAAGGUCAACCUAGGACACAUCGUCCAUGGAAGAAAAUCGUCAUUGCAGUGGAAGGUUUAUACUCCAUGGAAGGUAACAUGUGCAACCUUCCUGACUUGGUCAAAUUGAAAAACAAGUACAAAUGCUAUUUAUUUGUGGAUGAAGCUCAUUCUAUUGGUGCCUUGGGACCCGGUGGUAGAGGUGUUUGUGAUUAUUUCUCGAUUCCUCCAUCUGAUAUUGAUGUUUUGAUGGGAACCUUUACCAAGUCGUUUGGCGCUACUGGUGGCUACAUUGCUGCUGACAAGGUUGUCAUUGACCGGUUGAGAUUGGACUAUAUAACCAAUGUCUAUGCGGAGUCGAUUCCACCCCCAGUUUUGGGACAAAUCAUGUCAUCAUUGAAUGUCAUCAAAGGAACAAUAAAUCCAGGCGAAGGUGCCGAGAGAUUACAAAGAAUUGCAUUCAACUCAAGAUACUUGCGUUUGGGAUUAAAGAAAUUGGGUUUCAUCGUUUAUGGAGCUGAUGAUUCUCCAGUCAUUCCAAUGCUCUUGUUCCUUCCCGCCAAGAUGGCAGCUUUCUCGCGUGCAAUGUAUGACGUGGGCAUUGCUGUCGUUAUUGUCAGUUAUCCUGCCACUCCUCUUAUCAGUGCUAGAGCCAGAUUCUGUGUUAGUGCAGCUUUGACUAAGGAAGAUUUGGACUAUGUGUUGAAGAAGAUUGAUGAACUUGGAGAGGAAAUUUUUCUCAAGUUUUCAAGCGGGAUUGCUGGCGGAUCGCCCAUUCCUGGUGUCGCACCAAGAAUGUCCAUUGAGGACGUCAUUGCUACCAACGUUGAGGAUUGCAAGAAACCCAGAUUAAUGUAA